AAAAAGGAGGAGGAGGCCAGCUUACAGCCCACUUUCAGACUUCACUGAGCACAACCGACUCCUCCCUUCUUAGCCACAUAUCUACAGUAUCACCACAUCCAGUCUGUGGCCUUGGUGUGCAAAAUAACUGAAAGCUACCCUCAGGAUGAGAGCAAGGCAGCUGGUGUGCGGAAUUUGGAGUCUGUGUUUCAUGUUCUGCCUUUUCUGCAUCUUUCUUCACCAAACGACAGCUAAAAGAAAACUGAAGUUUGUGUCCGUAGUAUUUCGUCAUGGUGAUCAUACCCCACAGGAGUUUUUUCCAACUGACAAGCACAAAGAAGUUGCAAGGCAGCAGGGAUAUGGACAGCUUACCAAGCUUGGUAUACAGCAACAGUAUGAGCUUGGCCAGUACAUGCGGAGGAGAUACUCUUAUUUCCUGAGUGUUAUAUACAAGCAAUAUGAGAUUUACGUUCAAAGCACUGACUGUGAUCACACACUUAUGAGUGCUCAGGCAAGUCUUGCCGGACUGUACCCACCAACACAGGGCCAGAUUUGGAACCCCAAAAUCUUUUGGCAGCCAAUUCCAGUUCACACAGUGCCAGUGACACAUGAUAAUUUGCUAUCCUUACCUUUCUCACACUGCCCAAAAUACAACGAGCUUCUGAGAGAAACCUUUGCAACAAGGGAUUUUCAAAGACAACUCAAGCAAUACAGGCCAUUUCUGAAGUUUUUAGCCACUCAUACAGGAUACCCAUUGAAGAAGUUGAACACUGAAAGAAUUUGGAAGCUCUCUGACACUUUACAAUAUGAGGAUAUUAACAAUUACACUUUACCUGUUUGGGCUACUCAUGGUGUCAGGACCAAGCUGAUAAAGCUCUCAGAAUUGUUAUUGCAGGCGGAAUUUGGGUUCCACAAACAAAUACAAAAAUCACGUUUGCAGGGAGGUAUUCUUUUAAAAACUAUUCUGAAGCAUAUCUCAGAUGCUAGAAAGCCUUCACACCACCGAAAAAUGGUUAUGUAUUCUGCGCAUGCAGCCACCGUCGUUGCCUUACAGAUGGCACUCAAUGUCUUCAAUGGGAAAUUGCCCCCUUACAGUGCCUGUCAUUUUUUUGAACUUUACCAGGAAAAAAACGGGCAAUACACCAUAGAAAUGUACUACCGGAAUAGUUCUUUGAGAGAUCCUCACCCUCUCACUCUCCCUGGCUGCAAAUUUCGCUGUCCACUGGAGAGAUUUAUUCAGUUGGUCUCCCCAGUCCUAGUACACCAUUGGACAAGAGAUUGCAGGAUGUAG